AAUUAAUAUAAAUGACUUGUUUUGUUAUCUAAUGCAAUAGUAUUCAUGCAUUAUUAUGAAGCUGUUGGAUGUAUUAUGAUACCAUUUAGUCUUUAUUUACCUUCUGUAGACGUGUGUGUGUUUAAGCACCUGCCCUUUGUAAACAUACAUUCACACUAAAAGAUUACACGACUGUACUUUAAUGUAUUUACUUGUGGAUAAACUUUUUACAUUUUCUACAAAAGUAAAGAAAAACAACACCGCUCUCUGCCACUUCUUUAUGUUUAUUAGUUAAUACGAGUGUUGAGAUUAUCUUCAUGAAUCAAACAUCUGGUGUUGAGGAACUGUCAGUCAGAGACGUCACGGUCAAACCUCGGCAGAAGACGAUGCUUCAUUUCUCUAGUGGAGAGAUUCUGACAGAUUCUGACAGUGAGGAAGAGGAACAUGAGCUUCAUCAAGAGUCCUGUGUUUCUCAGCAGGAAAACUGGACAUUGAAGGAACGUUCUUGCUUUUGGGGGACACAAGUUUUUAAAGUGUCUUUAAGAAUUUGUGAUUUCCUUGGAGAGAAAAUGGCUGGUUUACUGGGGCUGAACGCUGCUAAAUACCAGUAUGCCAUUGACCGGUAUAACAGAGAUCACCUGAAUGGAUCAGGAAAGAUUGACUCCCGAGAAAAACCAGAGAGCAUUCAUCUGUCUCAGAUUGUGAAUAAACAGUAUGGAUCCAACUUCAAAACCCCAAAAACCCUGAAAGAGAUGCCAUGAGAGAAAUCUGAGAAAUAAAACUUUAAUGAAAAAUGAAAACUGUGUGAGCUGUGAAACUGAGGCAACAAAAUAUUAUGUUUUAAUAUAUCAGUGGUUUAUGAUUUGAGUUGGUUUUACUACAGCUAAAACAACAUAGUUACUCCAUUGUAAUCAAUACACCAAAAAAACAUGGUUUCUACACUUUUACGACAAAAAACAUGUUUCAUUUUUGUAAGGGUUGCUAUGAUACUAACCGAAUGUUAAUGAACUGGUUUAUUGUGAUAACUUUGAUUGACUAAAGCAGUCUUUUGUGAACAAACUGCCUCUGAAGCAAUUGUCUGCUGAUUCACAAGCCGACCAAUUUUUUUCUCUUGACCUUUAUCAUCUUUCAUGUUCCUUUGCUGUUAACAGACCCAGGACUAUUUUCAUCUGGUCAGAUGUGUCAUGUUUUCACUUGUGUCUGGGUUACGUUGGUUCUGGAUCUUUAAACAUUCUGUUUUCUGGUUUUCACAGUUUUUACAAUUUAAAAAAAAAAUGUUGUUUGUGUUACAGCAUAAGACUCUAUUCUCUCUCUUUUUUAAACAGCACAUUUUAAAUCAGUGUUGUCAAAACAUGUAAGCCUAUUUAAAGGGACACUCCACUUUUUUUUGAAAAUAUGUCCCCUGCUAUUGAAAGUAACCAAGGGGACUAUUUUCGGCUGCUGCGUAAUAUCAUUGUGCGACGCCUCCUGCAGCGAUGUUACAGCAGCAAAGUCCUUGAUAAUUACGCCAAAAUAAGAGUAUAGUUCCAUAUCUGCCUAAAAAAAUCACAACUUUUAAUUUUCCGUCAGUCGUAGUACACGAUUUAACUACAGAAGUCAAGUUUUAAAUAGGAAAAAUAUCGAAACUCUUUGGUUAUUUUUUAGCGCGAUGCUAAUGGUCUAACCAGAUUCAAUUGACUAUGCUAAGCUAUGCUAAUAGUGGUACUGCCAGACCCGGAGAUCAGCUGAAUGGAUUACAAAACUUUAAAAAUCAAAUGUUUAACUCUAGGAGAGCUGGAAAAUGAGCAUUUUUUUUUUAAAUGGAGUGUCCCUUUAAUCUACAUAGAAUAAAAUAAACAACAAAAAUCAAGGAAGGAGAGAGUGGAAGGCUGUUUUGCCUCUCCAUUAGUAAACAUUUUUUGG